AUGGCUAAUCUGCGUCUGGGGACGGCUUUUGCAGGGUUCACCCUCGCCCUGUUGGUGUUUGUGCAGUUGCUGGCGUUGGCUCGGUAUAAUGACAAAGUGCCGGUGGGCAGUUUCAAUCGAAAUUUCAACCAGUGGAGGAGUAGAGCUAGCGCUGCGACGGAUGACGGAUUAUUCCUGGUGGGCGCGGGCAAAGCAGACGUGACAGGCCCAGUUGUUGAAGUUGACUUCAACGGCUACGCCAGCUUGGACCAGCUGGGUACGGGUCUGCGACAGAGAAUCUACUCUCGGGCGUUCAUCUUUGCCGACCCCAAUAAUCCCAAGGAAACUUUUAUAUACUUGGUCCUCGACACGUUGGCCGGUGACACUGCUGUGCGACACGGGGUUUUGCAAGGACUUGCAGCUCUUGGCGGCGACUAUGAACGAUACGGCGAACACAAUGUUGCACUAACCGGGACGCACUCCCACUCCGGCCCAGGAGCCUGGAUGAACUACCUCCUGCCCCAGAUCCCGACCAAGGGUUUCGAUAAGCAGAGUUACCAGGCUAUUGUCGAUGGGACGGUCCUUUCCAUCAAGCGUGCGCACGAAAACCUCGCCUUGGGCCGGCUAUCCUUUGGCUCGAUCGAGCUCGAGGAUGCCAACGUCAACCGCAGCCCAUACUCGUACGACCAUAACCCUGAGGAAGAAAAGGCAAAGUACUCGGCCAAGGUGGACAAGGCGUUGACUCUCCUCCGAUUUGACCGCGAGUCGGACAAUAAGACUGCGGCCGUCUUGACCUGGUUCCCCGUGCAUGGCACAUCCUUGUACAACAAUAACACCUUGGUCACUGGUGACAACAAAGGAGUCGCAGCCUACAUCUUCGAGCGCAGCGUCGAAAAUGACUCCCGUUUCACCAACGACGCGGUCAUUGGAUUUUCUCAGGCCAAUGUUGGAGAUACCAGUCCGAACAUCCUCGGCGCCUGGUGUGAGGACGGCUCUGGGCAGGAAUGCACAUACUCAGACAGUACUUGUGGCGGCACGAACGAGGCAUGCCACGGCCGGGGACCCUAUUUCCGCGAGAAAGACAACGGCGCAAAGAGUUGCUUCGAGAUCGGAAAGCGCCAGUAUUUGGCGGCCAAGAAGCUCUACGAGCAAUUGGAUUCCAACCCAACGAUCAUCACAGGUAGUUCCGACGUCAAGUCUUUCCAUGUGUACCAUGACAUGAAUGGGUACGAGUUUGUUUCGCCUUUCAAUGGAAGUACCCUAAAGACAUGCCCUGCAGCACUCGGAUACUCCUUCGCUGCCGGUACGACUGAUGGACCCGGUGCAUUUGAUUUCACCCAGAAUGCCACUGGACCUGCAACACAGAACCCACUAUGGAAAGUUGCCCGCGCAUUCAUUCACGAACCAAAUGAGGAGCGGCGGGAAUGCCAGGGUGCCAAAGAAAUUCUGCUAGACGUCGGAACCCUCACCCUACCCUACGCCUGGGCCCCAGAUAUCGUCGACAUCCAAGUCCUCCGAGUCGGACAACUCUUCAUCAUCAUCUCAACGAGCGAAGCCACAACAAUGUCCGGCCGAAGAUGGAAAGAAACCAUUGCAAAGGGCGCUAAAGACACCCUCUCCAUCGAUAACCCACUCAUCGUCCUCGGCGGUCCAUCAAAUAGCUACGCGCACUACGUGACGACUGAAGAGGAAUAUAACGUGCAGCGGUACGAGGGCGCAUCCACACUAUUCGGACCCAACGAGCUAGCAGCAUACAUAAAUCUAACCCUCACCUACCUCCCAUACCUCGGUAGCGCAGCAAGCAUCUCCAGCCUCCCCGACAUCCCCACAGGCCCCAGUCCACCCCUCAACACAAACAACUCCCUCAGCUUCAUCACGGGCGUCAUCUACGACGAGCAUCCAAUCGGCAAAUCUUUCGGCGAAGUCUCCUCAAACCCAAACAACAAAACCUACAGCCCCGGCGACACAGUCACAACAACCUUCGUCGGCGCGAACCCGCGAAACAACCUCCGACAAGAAUCGACCUAUGCGGCCGUCGAACGAAAGACGGACUCGGGCGAUUGGGAAGUUGUGCGGAACGACUGGGAUUGGAAUUUGGUUUUCUCGUGGGAGCGCACGAAUUUGGUGCUGGGGCAUAGCGAGGUGACGAUCUCGUGGGAAAUCGAGGAUGAGUUUUAUGGCGUCGAUGAUCCGAGUCCGGUGCAGAGUGGGACGUAUCGCAUGCGAUAUUAUGGGGACUCGAAAAAUGCGCUUGGGCAUAUCUCGUCGUUUGAGGGGGUUGGGGGGUCUUUCACUGUCUCUGCUUGA